GCCUCCUCGACGCAAAGCACCGGGGAGGCACAGGAGGCUGAAGCUUCUGUGCAAAGUGGGAUCGUGAAUCCUGGGAACUAGGCAGCAGUUUGGUUUACUGUUGAAUCAGUGGCUGUGAAGGAGCUUCAUGUCUUGCUAACCCACCCUCCCUUCCCUGGCAUAGCCACACACCAGUAGGUGCUUUUAGCAAGACAGCCCUUGGGUGGACUAGCUGCUGGGGCUGACAUCAUGGCAGGGUCCUAGCAGGUUACAAAGAGGCAUCUGCUUACUCUUGCUAAGGCUGCCUAGCCCCUGCCCUGCUCUGGUGGCCUCUCCCCUCUGCAGAAGGCUGGAAAGAAGGAGCAUGUUACAGGGCAAGUAAAUGACUCAGCCUAAUGAGUAAGGUAAUUGCUGUUCACUGUUAGAUGAGGCUAAAGUGGGUCAGGUUUGUUUGUGAAACUCCAUGGAGGCACCAUCUGUUCCCUGUGCCCUGUCUCGGGCUGGAGAUGGGGUUUGGGUGAAACUGCUCCCCUGGGAGCCCGCGGAGCAGUGCGGGUGAUGCCCUGUCAUUAGGCAGUGGGGUGGGUCCCCGGGGAUGACCCUGUGUGACUGCAGCCCUGAGCCUUGAAGGGGCUUCUAAUUGAUUUCACUGGGAGAGGGGACCCUAAGUCCUUUGUUUGUCUGCUCCAGCUGCCCCUCUCUGAGAUGAGGCUGGACAUCAGCCCUCCCUUAGCCCAAAGGCAGAGUUGCAUUUCCCCAAACCAUGGCUGACACUUGUCACAAGCCCUUGGAGAGGAGCCCAGCACCGAUGUGGUUGUGUCUCAAUCCUGCUGCUCUCACAGAUGUCCUCUCAUCACCCUCCUGGGUGACUGCCCCUUUCAGCCAUGACGUGUCUCUGCGGUGCCUGGGUUUAGCGCUUUCCCCUGCCCUGGACCCCGCUGUGUCUAACAAGCUCUCUCUCCUUACAGACCACAGCAUGUGAGCAGAAGGGGAAGCCUGGAGUGGGAUCCGUGCCUGCCCACGCCUGGACUCAGCAUCGCUGGGGCCGCAUCUUGCACAAAGAGGAAGAGGAAAAGACACUUCACUCCCCCUUGCUAAAGAUGGGGGGCAGCAUCCGUGCAGCAGAGCAGGCAGGGAAGCUCCAGACCUGGCCUGUGGGGCAUCCCUGGCUGUGCCGCAGCCGGAGCACAGCAGCUCGCUGGCACUAGGGCUGUGGGCCGGCUCGGGGCAGGCAGCCGGGGCCGGCUCGGGGCAGGCAGCCGGGUUCAGCAUGCUCUUCCACAGCAGCAAGACCCAGCUUCUGCUGGUGAACUCCCUGACGUUCGGCCUGGAGGUCUGCCUGGCUGCAGGGAUAACCUACGUGCCUCCGCUGCUGCUGGAAGUGGGAGUGGAGGAGAAGUUCAUGACCAUGGUUUUGGGGAUAGGACCUGUCCUUGGCUUGGUUUUUGUCCCGCUGAUAGGAUCCGCCAGUGACCACUGGCACAGCAGCUACGGCCGGAGGAGACCUUUCAUCUGGAUGCUCUGCCUGGGAGUCCUGCUCAGCCUCUUCGUUAUCCCACACGCCAGCAGCCUGGCCAGCCUGUUUGCCCUCAACCCUCGUCCCCUGGAGAUUGCCUUCCUCAUCCUGGGCAUCGGCUUACUGGACUUCUGCGGCCAGGUCUGCUUCACCCCCCUGGAGGCUCUGCUCUCAGACCUCUUCCAGGAGCCAGACAACUGCCGCCAGGCCUUCUCCAUGUAUGCCUUCAUGAUCAGCCUGGGGGGCUGCAUUGGCUACCUGCUUCCAGCCAUAGACUGGGGUGGCAGCUUUCUGGCCCCGUACCUGGGAGGGCAGGAGACCUGCCUCUUCACCCUCCUUGCCAUCAUCUUCCUCGGCUGUGUGCUGGCCACGCUCUUUGUGACAGAGGAGGCAGCCACCCAGGCAGAUGCUCUGGAUGGCCCGGCACUGAAGGAUGCUCCCCCUAAGCCCUCACCCCCUGCCUGCUGCUCUUGCCACGUCUCCAGGAGCUCGUGUCUCCUGCAGGCCAGGCACACGAUGCAGGCGCUGAGGAACCUCUGCACGCUGGUGCCGCGGCUUCACAGCCUCUACUGCCGCAUCCCCAAGGUCAUCCGGCGCCUGUUCGUGGCCGAGCUCUGCAGCUGGAUGGCACUCAUGACUUUCAUGCUGUUCUACACAGACUUUGUUGGGGAAGGGCUGUACCACGGUGUCCCCAGGGCCAAGCCAGGCACGGAUGCCAGGCGCCACUACGAUGAAGGGGUCCGCAUGGGCAGCUUGGGCCUCUUCCUGCAGUGCAUCACAUCCAUCUUCUUCUCGACAAUCAUGGACCGGAUGGUGACGCGCUUCGGGGCGCGCGCCGUGUACCUGAGCAGCGUGGUGCUCUUCCCCGGCGCUGCCGCCGUCAUGUGCCUCUCACAGAGCAUCACCGUGGUCACCAUCUCGGCUGCUCUGACAGGCUUCACCUUCUCUGCCCUCCAGAUCCUGCCCUACACGCUGGCAUCGCUGUACCACCAUGAGAAACAGGUGUUCCUGCACAGGUACAGGAGCAAAGAGGAGGAAGCUGCAGGUCGCUUGGACAAGAAAUCCUUCUCCAAAGGCCAGAAGCUGCCUUACCAGAACGGACACGCCGGGAGCCUCUUCUCCUCCUCCUCCUCCUCCCCGGCUGCCGGCUCGGCUCUGUGCGUCAGCUCCUCCUGCGACGUCUCCCUCAGGAUGAUGGUGGGAGAAGCGGACUCGGUGGCCCCCGGCCGAGGGAUCUGCCUGGACCUGGCUAUCCUGGACAGCGCCUUCCUCCUCUCUCAGGUCGUCCCCUCCCUCCUCAUGGGCUCCAUCGUCCAGUUUACACAGUCGGUGACGGCCUACAUGGCCUCAGCGGCUGCUUUCGGCCUCGUAGCCAUUUACUUUGCGACCAAAGUUGUCUUUGACAAGAGCGACGUGGCCAGGUACGCGGUGUGA